AUGCGUAAGCCCGUUGAAAGUUUCAAGAAAGCUUUAGUCCGCAUGACAUGGUCCAAAAAAAAUCUUUACUUCAUCCAUAGUCGAGGAUCACGGCCUCCACGCCUGCAAAAUCGUUCGCUCUUCCAACAAAAAUGGCAAGCCAAAAAGGAUACCAGAGCUUACCACGGCUCUCAAUUGAACGAACGACAGUUUCGUCGUCUUUUCGAACCUCGUCUACCUACCACAAAUAUUAAACUGAGCGAAGAGGUCACCAGCGCAAAUAAGCAUCCGCACACAUCGGUUCUAACUUAUGCGUGCUUGGAAAGGAGGUUGGACUUUAUUGUGUUCAGAAGUUGUUUUGCCCCAAGUAUUUGGGCCGCGAGGCAAUUGGUUAUUCAUGGUAAAGUCAGUGUCAAUGGAAAAAAGGUCUCCGCACCAUCUUAUUUGGCAUCCGAUGGUGAUCUCGUUACCGUGGAACCAACCUCCAUCUGUCUCCUUUCCGAACCUUUGUCCGAAAACGGUCUCACUUUCAAACCAAAACCUUACAUGCAACCAUUCUUAUUCAUUCCCGAAUAUCUGGAAGUAAGUUUCAAUACUUGCUCCGCCAUAUUCUUGCGAAGUCCUGCCUCCAGACCGGGACGUACCGAGAUUCCAUCCCCAUUUCCGCCGGAAUUUCAUAUGUUGACUCACGAAUUUUAUUCGGAAAGAAGCAAGAAAAAGAGGGGAAGAAGACAAAGACGCUUGGUUCCUAUUGAAGAUCAGUUCAGGAUUGACUAG